AUGAAGAAGCUCUACCGGAAAGGCACCGUACACCCCUCGCCUCAGAUAAAAUCCGACGACCACCUUCUCUCUCUUCUUCCCGUUGCCAUCUUCUCACUAGCGGCGGUUCUUUCUCCAAAAGACCGUGAAGUCUUGGCUUACCUCUUGUCAACAGCCUCUUACUCCAGCAACCGAAACUAUACUUCUCGCAUGAAUAAGACCAAACUCCACGAAAAGUCCCGUUUAGACAAUCACUCGCCUCUCUUCCACUGUGACUGUUUCAGCUGCUACACGUGUUACUGGGUCAGAUGGGACUCUUCACCAAGUCGUCAGCUGAUUCAUGAAAUCAUCGACGCUUACGAAGACAGCUUGGAGAAGAAGAAACACACCAAGAAGAAGAAAAACGUAAGUGGGAAGAAAGAUCGGAGAAAGCGUUCAGGGAAGUCUUCAGCUCUCGCUAGUCCUAGCUUUGGUACAAAUGAUUCGGAGAGUCUAAGUCAGGUCACUGAGUCUAUAGCAAGUUCGUGUGCAUGUUCGAGUUCGAGCAAGUUAGUUGAGGGGAUUGGUGGUUGCAACGGCGGUUUGGAAUCUACGGAAGAGUUCCAUGCGGGAGACGGUAGCGAAGAGGCGGAGGAGGAGAAGGGGUCCGUUAGGAGGUUUGUGAGUUUCAUAGGUGAGAAAGUUUUUGGUGUUUGGGGAUGA